GUAAAAAGCAUAACCACUACUCCAUAUGAUAGCCAAAAGCCUGGCACGAGCGGCUUAAGAAAACGAGUUAAAGUGUUUCAACAAGAAAAUUAUACGCAAAAUUUUAUCCAAGCUACUUUGGAUGCCAUUCCCUCUCCAGGUGCCAAAGAAUCUACCCUUGUUGUAGGUGGAGACGGUCGUUAUUUUUCUACGGAAGCUAUUCAAAUAAUUAUACGCGUUGCAGCAGGAAAUGGGGUUAGUAAAUUAAUUAUUGGAAAGAAUGGUAUUCUUUCAACUCCUGCUGCUUCUAAUCUUAUUCGUAAACGUAAAGCCAACGGUGGUAUUUUAUUAACGGCUUCUCAUAAUCCUGGAGGUCCAGAUAAUGAUUUUGGUAUCAAAUAUAAUGUUAGCAAUGGAGGUCCCGCUCCUGAAAGUGUAACAAAUUUGAUUUACGAAUAUACUAAGAAAUGUAACAAAUAUCAUUUUUGUGAUAUGCCUGAGGUUGAUCUAUCUAAAAUUGGAGUUCAAACAAUUGAUGAUUUUACUAUCGAGAUUGUGGAUUCUGUAGAUGAUUAUGCGCAAUUACUUAAAGAAAUUUUCAAAUUCGAACAAAUUAGGCAAUUCUUUAACAACAAUCCCAAUUUUAAAGUCCUUUUUGAUGUAACGGGACCUUAUGCUGAGCGGAUUUUUAUUGAAGAACUUGGUCUUUCACGUUCUUCCAUACAAAAUUGCAUUCCAUUACCCGAUUUUGGAGGUAGUCAUCCUGACCCCAACUUAACCUACGCUCAUAGUUUGGUCGAACGCGUUGAAAGAGAUAAUGUCAAUUUCGGAGCUGCCUCUGACGGUGAUGGCGAUCGUAAUAUGAUUUAUGGGAAAAAUGCUUUCGUUACACCGUCAGAUUCAGUAGCUGUUAUUGCAGCUCAUGCUGAAGUUAUUCCAUAUUUUCAAAAAAACGGCAUUAAAGGGUUGGCACGCAGCAUGCCAACAAGUGCAGCUAUUGACUUGGUUGCGAAAAAAAAAGGGUUGGAAAUUUUUGAAGUACCCACUGGUUGGAAAUUUUUCGGUAAUCUUAUGGACGCGGGUCGCUUAUCAAUCUGCGGAGAAGAAAGUUUUGGUACCGGUUCUGACCACAUUCGUGAAAAAGAUGGUGUAUGGGCUAUUGUGGCGUGGCUUAACAUUAUAGCUGCGGUAAAUGAAAAGAGGCCAGGCGUUGGUAUUAAAGAAAUUCUUCUUGAACAUUAUCAAACUUAUGGACGUAACUUUUUUUCUAGAUAUGACUAUGAGGAAGUUGAAAGUGAAUGCGCUAAUAAAAUGGUUGAACAUCUUCGUCAUUUGAUUGGUGCGGGUAAAUAUGACUUUAUUGGGAAAACCUUCGGUCCAUUUACAGUUAAAAAUGCUGAUGAUUUUGAAUAUUGUGAUCCAAUUGAUGGAAGCGUAUCUAAAAAUCAGGGUGUCCGUAUUAUAUUUACUGAUGGUUCACGAAUUGUCAUUCGAUUGAGUGGAACAGGAAGUCAAGGUGCAACAAUUAGAUUAUAUGUCGAAAAAUAUUCUCAGAAUGCUUCAGAAUAUGAAUCUGACACUCAAGAAGCUUUGAAACCAUUAAUUGAUGUUGCAUUGCAAAUUUCAAAAUUGCAAGAAUUUACAGGACGUGAUAAGCCAACUGUAAUUACUUGA